GACUCAUGACUUCCGGCUGCGGCUGGCUGUGUGUUGUUAGACGUAGCGAGUGUCGGUUGCCAGGGUGAGGAUGGAUCACACCUCUUUAAAAAAGAGAUAAACUUACGUAGUAUCUCUCUUAAACACGUCUGUCAUAUCUACACACAGGCAACGACUAUCAGGGAGGAGUGCCAUCACAACGUGCCAACAGUGGGAUGGAGUGGCGUUCACUGCUUCACUUCUCUUAAGCUCAUCUACAGGACAGAUAUGAUCAGGUGAUCUGAGAGGAGAGACGUCCGUCUGUCAGUACUGUUUCUCUGGGUGAGAGUGAAGAUGAACCGUUACACAACACUCAAGCAGCUGGGUGAUGGGACCUACGGCAGUGUUCUGAUGGGGAAAAGCAAUGAGUCUGGAGAGCUAGUGGCCAUCAAGAGAAUGAAGAGGAAGUUCUACUCUUGGGAGGAGUGCAUGAAUCUGAGAGAGGUCAAGUCACUGAAGAAACUGAAUCAUGCUAAUGUGGUGAAGUUAAAGGAGGUGAUACGAGAGAAUGAUCACUUGUACUUUGUCUUUGAAUACAUGAAAGAAAACCUCUACCAGCUCAUGAAAGACAGGGAAAAUAAGAUGUUUUCUGAGAAUGAAAUAAGGAACAUCAUGUUUCAAGUUCUCUCUGGUUUGGCAUUUGUGCACAAGCAUGGUAAGAUUUUCUUAUACUUUCAUUUGUUCUUCUCUAAUGCGCUAAAGAUCUUCAUAACACUGUAUCGAGCUCCAGAGGUGUUAUUGAGGUCACCAGUGUAUAGCUCACCAAUAGACAUCUGGGCAGUAGGCUGCAUCAUGGCUGAACUCUACACGCUUCGACCUCUGUUUCCUGGCAACAGUGAGGUGGAUGAGAUCUUCAAGAUCUGCCAGGUUCUUGGUACAGUAAAGAAGUCAGACUGGCCGGAGGGUUAUCAGCUUGCUGCUGCAAUGAACUUCCGCUUCCCCCAAUGUGUUCAUACACCACUGAAAACUCUGAUUCCCAACGCCACCAAUGAGGCUGUAGACCUCAUGAGAGAUCUCCUCCAGUGGGACCCAAAGAAAAGACCCUCUGCUGCAAAGGCACUCAGAUACCCCUACUUCCAAGUAGGACAAGUUCUGGGCCCCCUACCCAUGACUCCUGAUGUACAGAAGGCUCAGAUAAAGAUGACCCUGCCUAGUGAACCCAGAUCAGAGCUGCAGUCUGUCUUAGAACCAGUGCUGCCAUCACAGACUAAAGGCCAAAGCAGAAACUCCCAUCAGCCACUGCAGCAGAUUCCUCUGCCCCAGUCUCUUUCUCAGACAGACCCUCUCGCUCCAUACACACAAAAGGUGGUCGGGGGUGAGAACAGUUUGAUUGGGCUGAAGAACGGACGAAGAAGGUGGGGACAGACCAACAUGAAACCCUCAGACAGCUGGGAUGAGUCUGACUGUUCUGAUUCCGCAGCAUCCCUCUCUAAAAAACCCAGCAAAGGCCCAGAGGAGGAGAAAACUACUACACAGCCCAAGGACCAGAAACCCCUUUAUACAUUUAGCACUGUAACAAAAUUACCAAAUACCAGCAGACUGAACCAGCCAGACUCUAGUCACCAGAGCACCUCUUCAGCCAGACAACAUUACCUGCGCCAGUCCAGAUACCUGCCAGCCGAAACCAGGAAACACAUCAAGCGCCACCUGCUGGCAGAGAGUGAAUCUGCAUCUCAUGGAUCCGUAGGACAAAGGAUUCAGCUCGCCCCUCUCGGACACCAGCAUGCACUUGAUCUCUCUGCCACUGCUGACUUAAAAACUGGCAAAGCUAAAUCUUCAAAGUCCAAACCUUCCUCUACAGUUUCAGUCAGUGAGAUCUCUGAAGAUUAUGAAGGAUGGAAAAGGAGAGCAGACCGAACCCAACCUAAAGGAACAAGUUACUCGGCUCUGGGCAAAAACUCCACCAAUCUCAUGGCUCGUGCUCCACCGGUUCAGCCAGUGCAUGGGCGGGUUGACUGGGCUGCAAAAUAUGGAAGCCAUCGCUAAUAUAUAUGAUGCGAGCUACAGCUUCUGUGAGAACUAAGGCCUGUUUCAACACUCGUGAAUAUUGUAUAAACGUGUAUCUUUUUGUUUCUAAGAGGAGCAGCUAGGAUAGAUCCACACCACUUAAGCCCAAGGCUGCUUAAUUGUUCGAUUAAAAACAAGAAUCUGUGUACAAUGGAUUUUUACAAACCUAACAAUUUGUUCAUCUUUAAAUGUCUUGUUCAGUUUAUGCAUCCAAUGCCUGUAAUCCUUAUUUUCAAUGGAAUGGGUAGAGCUAUAUCUGAUAUAUUGCAUUUAUUUUUUGUAACCCUUGACAUUUUUUUAUAGUAUGCAGUUUUUAAAUAUAUUCUUGUUUUCUUUUUUGUGUUACUGUGAUUUAUACUGCAAGGCAGUGUUAUUUAUAUUUCCUUGUAUGUUGAGU